UGAGUAAUACAAUGAAGAAUGAUUAGGACUUACUUCUGGUUCAUGAACAGUGAUUAUCAUUGAUUUUUUAACACUUUCAUAUAUUUUUUCAUUCAAAGUAAGGUUAACCCAAUUAAUGUAGGAAAUCUGAAAGUAAUAAAUUGAAAGCUCUUAUGGAAGAUAAAAAAUCCAAAAUAUUGGUUAUGACAGAAGAAAUAAGAAUUAUGAUUUCUCAAUUACGAAAAGCUCUGGCCACUAUAAAGGAAUAUAGGUGUUACAUUGACAUGCUGAGAAGAAAGAGAGAUCUCUUUGGAGCCCGACUAAUAGAAUCAAACAUUCAUGUUGGUUUAUUCAAAAGAAAAAUUGAUAGGAUUGAAAAAGUCAUGAAGACAUCUGCCUCUGACUACCUUAAUAUGAACAAUGAUUCUUAUAUGCUUAAACUUGAAAUAAAAAAUUUGAGAAGAAAACUGAAGAAUCAUGAGAUGUGUGAAUUCACAAUCACUACAUUGAGACAAGAGCUUUCCAAAACUGCCAAGUUAUUAGAACUAGAAAAAGCUAGAAAUGUUGCUCUAGUGGCCACUAAGGAACCAAUAGUUCACAGAUGGAGAGCACUGCUGGCUGCAGAUCCAUCCAAGUAUGAACUUCAUGUCAAAAUCAACAGACUCACUUAAAGGCUCAUUAACAAAACUACUGAAGUUGUUGAGAAGGAACAAAUGAUCCAUAAAAAAGAUCUUUGCUUUUUUGAGCUUCGAGCCCUUUUAGAGCGCCGUUUAGAUCCUAAUCUGACUGCUGAAAUGUCCCUGGCUAAAGCCAUAAUUAGAAAACAACGUAAGCAAAUGCAA